AGCUUGAGAGCCGAUUUGCUUGUACUUUCCCUCACCGCCGUCGUCGCGCUGCGCGUUGUGCGGUGCAAGACUGAAAGGAACACGUGGCACUCCUUGUCUGGAAUCGAAAGUGGAGGGGAGCGUGUCGCGCAGGUUUCUCUCUGAAGCCCCUCAACACACCCACGCACGCACGCACGCACACGCACAACACAAUUUGUUCAUUACACUUAAUUAAGUAAAUAAUAGAAGGCCAAGAAAAGAUGCUGCGACUUUUACUGCGGUCGGCGAGUCAUCGAGGUGUCUUCGCAGUCUCCUCUGCAGCCGCAGCUGCCACCAACACUCCCGUUCGUGCAGCCGGCACCGUACUCGCCGGUGCGAUGCACCAGCCCGGCGAGUCGGGGCAGCAGGCCGGCUCCAGUGCCACCCUCGAGGGCAAGGAGACGUGGGGCCAGUUCAGUGCCAAGAUGCGGCACGGCCGGCGGCGCAUUCGUGUGAUCGACGUGGCGGCCAAGAUGUCGUACGAGUACCAAAUGCUGAAGAAGAUGUGCAAGCGGCGCCCCGCGAUGCGGCAGUGGGCCGUGCGAGACGACUUCUGCGACAUGAGCCCCGGUGUGGUGGUGAUGUCGCCCUCCAUGCAGGCCGCCUUUAUGAAGGUGUUCCGCCUGAAGGACAAGGGUCUCAUCCGGCAGUGCCUGCGCGACAUCAUCCCGAUCAUUGAGUACCGCAAUCGAGAGGAGCGCCCCCCUGCGAUGCGUGACAAGCCCGCCGACAUGAUCCCGGAUGGCGAGCCUGACACGCUGAACCAGAAGAAGCGCGAGCUGUUUGAGCGGAGAGAGACCGGCGAGAACUUCAAGGACCUGCGCCUCUCCGAUAGCCGCUCUCAGGCAAAGCUGCGCUUUAAGAUCCGCCAGCGCCUCAUUAAGUUCCAGCGGCAGCUCGCCACGGCGAAUGCGGUGGCCAGCCGCACCGUCAUGUACUCCACCGACGACGCCAUUGGCUACUUCCUCUUCCGCGGCGCUGCCAUGUACGCCGGCAUGCACCGCGUGUUCUUCGAGCUGAGUAAGCAACUACCCCACUUCGUGCCCAAGUCGAUGCUUGACUUCGGCACCGGCACCGGCACGGCGAUCUUAGUGGCGAAGGAGGUGUACGACCCGGGCGCCCUCGCCUACCCUCUCUACCGCUCGAUGCGGCAGACCAUGACGGGCAACACCAGCGCCCAGUCGCAGCAGCUCCACGAGCUCCGCUACGACCUGAAGCGUCUGAGCCGCAACAACACCGAGAAGAAGAAGGCGCGCUUCAUGGCCGUCGCGGCGCUGCUCGAGCGAGGCGAGGUGGACCCGGCGGACCUGCCGGCGGAUCUUCGGAAGGAAAUCGCGCAGGUGGCUGCCAACGCGGCGGAGAACAAAAAGCGGCGUCUCGUGAGCGAAGCGCAUGCACGGCACCGGGAGGUGGUGGACGGGACAGAGUGGGAGGACAACGACCCGCUCGGCGAGCGGCGGAGCACCACGGAGGAGCUGCACGACGUUUUGGAAGGGGAGGAGGCCGACGGUGAUCCAGCUGAAGCGGACGCGGCGGCGGCGGCGAAGGAGCGCACGUGGUGGGAGAGGCUGGUGGACUUGGAGGGCGACUCCGCGCAUGAGCGGGCGCACCGCCGGCUGCAGCCGCUGCAGGAUGUCACCGCGAUUGAGCCGAGCCCCGGAAUGAUGGAGAUUGGAACAAUGGUGCUGCACGACGAUGUGCCGAACGUAUCGUGGAAGCGCUACCUUCUACCGGAGGACGAGAGCAUCCAACAUGACCUGGUGGUGGCCGCCUACUCACUGAGCGAGGUGGCUGACUCGGCGAACCGCAAACGACUCGUGCAGCAGCUCUGGAAAAUGACGAAGGGGGUGCUGGUGCUCGUGGAGUUCUCCAACUUGCACAACUUCAACCUUUUAAUGGAGGCUCGCGACACCGUGCUGGAGGAGAAGGACGUUGGCUUGUGGGACUGGCAGCCGACGAUUGUGGCGCCGUGCCCGCACGAGAAGCGCUGCCCGCUGCGGCACUGCAAGGCCGGUGUGAAGCGCAAGCGCAUGCGUCUGUGCACCACCGAGGCGCAGUACCGCGCCACCUUCAUUGAGGUCUGGGCCCGGCACCUGCCGCUGAAGGUCGGCAUCGAACCCAUCUCGUACAUGGUCUUCGCGCGCAACGAGCUGGUGCCGGAGCGGGCGGAGCGGCGGGAGGCGCAGGUGAAGGCGGAGCAGGCGGCGAGUGUGCUGCGGCGGGACGCGAAGCAGCGCCACCUCUACGAGGCCUCGCUCGGUGUGAAAGACGUCGUGUUUGAUCGCCUGAGCGACGAGGCCUUGCACCGUCCGUCGACGGGCGCACCGGCCAAGUUGGCGAGUGACACAUCAACACCCGGGCAGCCGUCCGCCACCCUUUCCUCGGCCCUGCAACGAGGCGCGGUCGGCACCGGCGAGGUCGGCUACAUCCCCACCGAUGUCCCGCGCCUGGUGCAGACGUCGGGGCGGCACUACAACAAACUCAUCUACCCGCUGCAGUUUCCACCCGCCACGCACACCUUCAACCGCGCCUUCGUCGAUGCGGGCUACCAACGCCAGCGCGCCAUCACGCCAAACGAGAUGUUGGUCGUGCGGGCGGAGUUGGAGGACAUGCGCCGGCGUGUCAUGCGGGUGAGUCCGGCGUACCUGCGCGUCGUGCGUGACCCAACCUGCCGCGGCAAAAUCCAAGCAACGUUUUGCACCGCUGAGGGCGACUUGGUCACUGCGCGGGUGUACCGCCGUUUCUACGGAGACCACAACAACGUCAGCCGGCACACGACGAUGCGGUGGCAAUACAUGGGCGGUUGGAAGCUCUUGAAGCGCAUCAGGAGCGGCUCCUUAUUUCCCCACGACGUACCCCUCUACGCGGUCAGCCGCCACCCGCAGGUGGACUUCCCGAACACGUUGGUCGAUGUGAAGCACUCGCCGGUGGAGAAGACGGCGAUGCAGUACAACGACCCGAUGACGCUGAUGGAGACGCCGGAGGAGGAGCUCACCCGUGAUGAAGUGAAGCAGCGCCGCAACAUGCUCCGCGACGAGGAGAUGAAGAAGAAGGCGGAAGCGAAGCUGGAAGAGAUCUUCGGGGCGAAGAUCCAAAAUGCGGAGUCACUGAGAGGCCACGUCGACUCGCGGCGUCGCAUCUCGGCCGAGGAAUGGGCGAAGGCGGUGCGCCACGCGCGUCAGAAGACGGUACGGCAGACACAGAUGACAAUCCCGAACGCGGCGAAGAUCCGCACCGCGAUGCGCUCGAUGGAGGUGAAGCGGCGAAAUAUCUGGAGGGAGAUGAAGCAGAACCGUCGUCGUUGA